AUGACGGAUCUAACUGAUCUCCGCCAACACAAUCAACAACUGCAAACUCAACUUGCUGAAAUCAAUCAAGAUCGGGGCCUACAUGAGGGCGAUCGUAGAAUGGCAGAGAUGGUGGUAGAUUUUCAACCGUUCACGGAUGACAUUGCCAACACCACCGUCCCAGAUAAUUUGAAGACUUUGGUUCUUGAUUCAUACUUUGGAGAUUUUGACCCAAAGGAUCAUUUGGUGUACUUCAACACCAAAAUGGUUAUCGUGGGCGCUUCAGAUGCUCUGAAGUGUAAAAUGCUUCCUUCAACUCUCAAAAAGUCAGCAAUGACUUGGUUUACAACACUCCCACCGCGUUCAAUUGCUAGAUUUAUGGAUUUAUCUGCGAAAUUCUUGUCGCAAUUUUCAACUAGCCGCGCCCAGAAGUCAGGAAGUUUGAACAGCAGUUUAAGCCGUAAGCCCGUGGAAAAGAUGGUGGAAUUGCGAAGCAGGGUGCAAGGUUUUAUUCGGGAAGAGCAAAGUGAUCGCAUAAAGAGAAACCGCAAGAAUGCAGCGGUUACUGGCCAACAACAACAGUCGGAUUCGAAGAAGGCGACGAUUAAUGACCAGCGCUCCGGAGGAGCGGUUUCAAAAGGAGAAAGAAGUUACAACAAUACAAGUCGUUUUGAUAACCGCUCUAAUUUUCAAAAUCGUGCUCAGCCUUAUGGAAAUAGUGGUUAUGGACAAUCGAUGACGUGGACCAGAAACCAACAAGACAGGUCGACCCCACUUGCAGUUAAUUUAACUGAAGCCUUGCACAUGUGUUUAAAGGCUAACACGAUUCGUUUUCCAAAGCAACCGAAACGCCCGCCAAGCAACGUAGACAGAAAUAAGUGGUGCGAAUACCAUAGAAUUGCGAGACACAAUACUGAUGAUUGUUUUACCUUAAAGAAGGAGAUCGAGGCUUUGAUAAAAUGA